UCCUGGCUCCCGGCGUCGCCCCUCGCGAGACCCCAGACAGGCCCCUGCUGCUGCGGGGGGGUGGGACCCGAAUCCUGGCUGCAGCAGAGGUGGUGGAAUAACCACCCCGUGGCCAUCACAAUUGUCCCGACUUCCCAGGUGACAAGAAAGGACCAUGACUACGGCAGAGCAAACUCAGAUGCCGGUGACCUUCGAGGAGGUGGCUGUGUAUUUCACCCAGGGGCAGGGGGCUCUGCUGGACCCCGCUCAGAGAGCCCUCUACAGGGAUGUCAUGCAGGAGAAUUACGAGGCUUUGAUCUCUCUGGCAGGAUUUCCCCUUCCCAAACCUGAGCUGAUCGCCCGGCUGGAACGAGGGGAAGAGCCGUGGGUGCCCGAUCUCAACAGCUCUGCGGAAAGGGAGAUCCACAGAGGUGCCCGUGCAGCAGGUGAUGAGACGGUGAGUCAGAAUGAGGAGAAUCCACAGCUGGAAGGUCCUAAUCAGGUGGAACUGCAUGAGAUGUUCUCAGAGAGAUCCAAAGGGAACAUUUCCCAGAAGAGUGAGCAGGAAAAAACCUGGGAGAGUCAGUGCAUGUCAGAAAGGCAGCUGGGAAUCCAGCCAGGGAGGAAAGCAGACAGAUCCAUUUUUUGUGGGGGAGGAUUCAAGGAUCUUAAGGAAACCGCAGCCCAGCAGAGAAUCCACCUGGGAGAGAGAAAAAACAGUUGCACUGCCUGUGGGAAAAGUUUCAGCCGGCACUCCAACUUUAUUUCUCAUCAGCGAAUUCACACAGGAGAGAGACCCUAUACGUGCUUGGAGUGUGGGAAAAGUUUCAUUCAAAGCACACAGCUGAUCAGGCAUCAGAGAGUGCACACAGGAGAGAAGCCCUAUAAAUGCCUCCAAUGUGGAAAAAGUUUCAAUCAGAAUUCACACCUCAUUAGACAUGAGAGACUGCACAUGGGAGAGAAAUUGUAUAAAUGCACCGAGUGUGGGAAAAGCUUCCAUCGGAGUUCAGGUCUUACCUCGCAUCAGAGAAUCCACACCGGACAGACGCCCUUCAAAUGCCUGGAGUGUGGGAAAAGUUUCGAUUGGCGCUCACGGCUUAUUGCGCAUCAGAGAAUUCACACAGGAGAGAGACCUUAUAAGUGCCCGGAGUGUGGGAAAUGUUUCAUUCACAGCUCAGAUCUUCUUUCCCAUCAGAGAAUCCACACAGGAGAUAGACCCUAUAAAUGUCCCCAGUGUGGGAAAAGCUUCAAUCACAGCUCAGAUCUUCUUUCCCACCAGAGAAACCACACAGGAGAAAAACCCUACAAAUGCCAGGACUGCGGGAAAAGUUUUAAUCGGAGCGCUCACCUGUUUAGACACCAGAGACUGCACACGGGGCAGGAAUCUUAUAAAUGCCCCAGCUGUGGGGAAAGCUUCAGUCAGCUCUCAGAUCUUAUUUCACAUCAGAGAAGCCAUACGAGUGAGAAAUCCUAUGAAUGCCUCGACUGUGGGGAAAGGUUACGUGACAGGUCGGCCCUUAAUAGACAUCACCGAACCCACACAGGGGAGAAACCCCAUAAAUGCCUCGACUGUGGGGAAAGUUUUGAUUGGAGCUCGAACCUCAUUGUGCAUCGGAGAAUUCACACGGGAGAGAAACCCUAUAAAUGCCCAGAGUGCGGGAAAAGCUUCAAUAGGAACUCGCACCUCAUCCGACAUCAGAGACUCCAUGCGGGAGAGAAACCUUACACAUGCUCCGAGUGCGGGAAAAGCUUCAACCGGAGCUCAAACCUUAUUUCACAUCAGAGACUCCACACCGGAGACAGGCCUUUUAAAUGUCUUGAGUGUGGGAGACGUUUUAAUCAGCGAGAGCACCUCGUUAGGCAUCAGAGGCUCCACACGGGAGAAAAGCCCUAUAAAUGCCUGGAGUGCGGGAAAAGCUUCAUUCAGAGCUCACAUCUGAUUAGACACCAAAGAGUCCACACAGGAGAGAGACCUUAUAUGUGCCCGGAGUGUGGGAAAAUGUUUCGCGACGGCUCAGCCUUUAUUAACCAUCAGCGAAUCCACACAGGAAUUAAACCCCAUAAAUGCCUCGACUGCGGGAAAAGCUUCAUUCAGAGCUCCCAACUUAUUACACAUCAAAGAGUCCACACGGGCGAGCGACCCUACAAGUGCCCGGAGUGUGGGAAAAUGUUCGGUGACGGCUCAGUUCUUAUUAACCAUCGGAGAAUCCACACGGGAGUUAAACCCCAUAAAUGCCUCGACUGUGGGAAAAGCUUCAAUCGGAGCUCAACCCUGGUUAGACAUCAGAGAACCCACACAGGUGAGAAACCCUUUAUAUGCCUGGAGUGCGGGAAAAAGUUUAGUGAAAGUUCAGCUCUUAUUGUGCAUCAGAGACUCCACACUGGGGAUAAACCCUUUAAAUGCUCCGACUGUGGGAAAAGUUUCAUUCUGAUCUCACGGCUCCUUGCACAUCAGAGAAUCCACACGGGCGAGAACCCCUAUAAAUGCCACGAGUGCGGGAAAAGGUUUAGUGACAACUCAAACCUGAUCAUGCAUCAGAUUAGCCACACAGGAGAGAGACCCUACAAAUGCCUGGUCUGUGGGAAAAGCUUCAGUCACAGCUCCGAUCUUAUUAGACAUCACAGAACCCACACUGGAGAGAGACCCUAUAAAUGCUUGGACUGUGGGAAAAGCUUCAGUCAGAACUCAAAUCUUAUUAUACAUCAAAGACUGCACAAAGGAAAAAAACCUUGACUAUGGUGGAACUUUCCACUGGGGCUUUGAGCAUACAGUGCAUCAGCAAAUCCACGCAGGGAAGACACCUUUAAAUGACCUCAGAGUGGAAAUGAUUCCAGUGAAGCAAACAGCAUAUUGGAUCUCAGAGAUUCCACACAGGAGAGAAAUUCUCCCUGUGGCCUUUUUUUUUUUUUUUAUUAAGUAUCUAUUUCCGAGUUCCUGCACAGACUAGGGGCCUUUGGCUCUUAGGGAAUAUCUGCCCGGAACAUGAACGUCUUUCCUGUGAAAAUGUUUUUUUUUAAGAAUAUUUUUAUGAUCAAUCAGGACAAAAGGUCAAAAAACUCAAAAUUUUUCACCAAAAGGGAUUGAAAGAAAGAAAGAAAGAAAGAAAAUAAAUUCACUUUCAGGAGGACUAAAAUGGAAUUAUUCAGCUUCUUGACUGUCCACCUGCUAGGCUCUUGUUCAUUUCACAUUCUCCCUGCCCUCCGAAGGUGAAAUUGAAUUGGCUGCUCCUGUAGGCCAUGGUCUGGGUGCUAUCCAACUUUUUAAGAGCCAAAUGGCUUUUCAGGUUUCCUGUCCAUUUGAGAACAUAUCCAGGGAGUAGAAUCUCAUUUUGGCCACCUUUGGAAACUGAAAAGGUAGGUGUGGAAACUGAGGCUGGAAGAGUUGUAACAGGGAUGAAUUCCCCAUUAGAAGAGAAGGGGGGAAGUUUGUCCCAUUUAACAAACGCCAGAGAAACAACAAAAACAACAAGGAGUCUGGUGGCACCUUAAAGACUAACAGAUUUAUUUGGGCAUAAGCUUUCGUGGGUAAAAACCUCACUUCUUCAGAUGCAUAGAGUGAAAGUUACAGAUGCAGGCAUUAUAUACUGACACAUGGAGAGCAGGGAGUUACUUCACAAGUGGAGAACCAGUGUUGACAGGGCCAAUUCAAUCAGGGUGGAUGUAGUCCGCUCCCAAUAAUAGAUGAGGAGGUGUCAAUUCCAGGAAAGGAAAAGCUGCUUCUGUAAUGAGCCAGCCACUCCCAGUCCCUAUUCAAGCCCAGAUUAAUGGUGUUAAAUUUGCAAAUGAAUUUUAGUUCUGCUGUUUCUCUUUGAAGUCUGUUUCUGAAGUUUUUUUGUUCAAUGAUGGUGACUUUUAAAUCUGUAAUAGAAUGACCAGGGAGAUUGAAGU